AUGGCUUCUUCUGAUCCCACCCCCCAAAAGGGGUCGGAGACCGAACCUCAACCUGAUGACGCCGCGGUCCCCAAAAAGCAACAACUGAAUCCUGCUUCCCUUCGGUUCCAACCACCCAAGAGACCACAGCUCUCAGCUCAGAAACCCAAACCGAAACUUGCUUUCCCCAAAGCCGUGCCACAACCACAGCCCUCAGCUAACCCUUCGGUACCGACGAAAAGUACUUUGGCUGAUUGGACCGCUAUGGAAGACGACGAUUAUGAGUACGCGCGCGAGAAGCGACAGCGUGGAGGAAGAAAGAAGCGCAAGAAGAACAUUGAAGCACAUGCUUCUCAAAAUUGGGAUGAUAUCUACGACCCUUCUCGACCUAACAAUUACGCAGAAUACCGCAACAGUGACGAGAGGAUCGCUGAAAUCCGCGAGUGGAAGGAUGUCUUGUAUGCGCAUGUCAGAAAACGCUCACCUAGCAGAUAUUCCGAUAGCGAGGAUUAUGAUGGGCCAUACAAGCGUAUGUUCGGGUCUUUUGCGAUUAGUGACGACACCCAAACUAAAAAGAAACUAGAACAAUUUGCGCCUCCAAGCAACUUUGCGCCGCCGUCAAAUCUUAAUGAUGUGCCACCAGCAGCUUCUAUCCCCAAUGACGCAUCUGGUGACGAUGCAUUUGCUCGCCGCGCCGCAUUAGGACAACGCUUCGACAACGGUUCCAUUGCCGUUCAGGCCCAACUCCAGACUUCACCUCCAUCCCACAUUGAACAUCCCUCCCGAAUUCCGGAUGACUCUACUGGCGAAGACGCACAUAUGCGCCACUUUCAGGGAGCCGAGAACCCACCAUCGGGACAAGUCAUACCACCACCUCCUCCAUCACGCCCCCUUGACGCCUUCCAACCCAGCUCCGCCACCAUCUCCCGCGCACCGGUCCGAUACACUCUGCCUCCGCCCCCAGAAGGCAUCCCAGCUUCCGAAGCCGAACUUGAAGCCUUAUUGGCGCAAGAACAACCGGAAAAUGAGGAAGAACCAGAUGAGUCCGCGCCACGAUCACUUCGUCCCGGCCAACCGGACUUCGGUGCACGAAUGCUUUCCAAGUGGGGCUGGAACAAAGGAUCCGGCCUCGGCGCUACUGGUUCUGGCAUGGUGAAUCCGCUGCAAGUCAAGCUCGAGAAGCGCAAGAAGCGACCAGACUCAGAGGGUGGUGGCUUUGUAACACCUGCUGGACGAGGUAAAAUCAUUGGAAGCAACACGAAGGGUGAAUAUGACACCAGCAAGUUUGGCCCUAUGAGCGAAGUGAUCAAACUGCUAGGUAUGCUAGAUGGCAUGGACCUGGAUGUUGAGAUGGAUGGGGGUCAAAAUGGUGGUUUGAUGCAGGAGAUUGGACAGGAGUGUGGUGACAAGUAUGGAGAUGUGGAGCGAGUCUUCAUCGCUCGCGACGUCGGAACCCCAGUCCCUGUCUUUGUCAAAUUCAAGCACCCCUUGUCUGGUCUACGGGCUGUGAAUGCGCUCGAAGGCCGGAUUUUCAACGGCAACACAAUCACUGCACGAUUUUUCGAUCUUGAUAAGUUUGAUCAAGGGAUUUACACGGACUAA